CCACCGCCGGGGCCCGGCUGGUUCUCGCGAGAUCCGGGCCACUGGGCGCUCGGGGCCUUUUCAAAUCGCGAUCCGUUACCGCGCCCCCGGCCGCCGCCAUUGUCGCGCUCGGAGCCUCGCAGCGGCGGUGGAGCAGCGGCGGCGGGAUGGCGGACGCGGACAAGGCCGAGGGGCCGGGCGCCGCCGGCCACGACAGCCCGCAGCAGCAGCCGCCCGCGGAGCCGCCCGCGGAGCCGCGGCGAGAGCCGCCGCCGGAGACGGAGAAGCAGCCUCAGCUCGGCAGCGGCGGCAGCGGCGCCAACGGCGUGAAAAUGGAGAAUGAUGAAUCAGUGAAAGAAGAGAAAUCUGAAUUAAAGGAAAAGUCUACAGGAAAUAAGAAGGCCCAUAGAUUUCAUCCUUAUUCAAAAGAUAAGAAUUCAGGCACUGGAGAGAAGAAGGGUCCAAAUCGUAACAGAGUUUUCAUUAGCAACAUCCCAUAUGACAUGAAAUGGCAAGCUAUUAAAGAUCUCAUGAGAGAGAAAGUUGGUGAGGUUACAUACGUGGAGCUCUUUAAGGAUGCGGAAGGAAAAUCCAGGGGUUGUGGUGUGGUUGAAUUUAAAGAUGAAGAAUUUGUAAAGAAAGCACUAGAAACCAUGAACAAAUAUGAUCUUAGCGGAAGACCCCUGAAUAUUAAAGAGGAUCCUGAUGGAGAAAAUGCUCGUAGGGCAUUGCAACGAACAGGAGGAUCAUUUCCAGGAGGACAUGUACCCGAUAUGGGAUCGGGGUUGAUGAAUUUACCACCUUCCAUUCUGAAUAAUCCAAACAUUCCUCCUGAGGUUAUCAGUAAUUUGCAGGCUGGUAGACUUGGUUCCACAAUUUUUGUUGCUAAUCUUGACUUCAAAGUUGGUUGGAAGAAGCUAAAGGAAGUGUUCAGCAUAGCUGGAACUGUAAAGCGGGCAGAUAUUAAAGAAGACAAAGAUGGCAAGAGCAGAGGAAUGGGCACAGUCACUUUUGAACAAGCAAUUGAAGCAGUUCAAGCAAUUUCUAUGUUCAAUGGGCAGUUUUUGUUUGAUAGACCUAUGCAUGUGAAAAUGGAUGACAAGUCUGUCCCUCAUGAAGACUAUCGUUCACAUGACAGUAAAACACCGCAAUUACCUCGUGGUCUUGGAGGCAUUGGAAUGGGACUUGGCCCAGGUGGACAGCCUAUUAGUGCCAGCCAGUUGAACAUAGGUGGUGUAAUGGGAAAUUUAGGUCCAACUGGUAUGGGAAUGGAUGGUCCAGGUUUUGGAGGAAUGAAUAGAAUUGGAGGAGGAAUUGGGUUUGGUGGUCUGGAAGCAAUGAAUAGCAUGGGAGGAUUUGGAGGAGUUGGCCGGAUGGGAGAGCUAUACCGUGGUGCAAUGACUAGUAGCAUGGAGAGAGAUUUUGGACGUGGUGAUAUUGGAAUAAAUCGAGGCUUUGGAGAUUCCUUUGGUAGACUUGGCAGUGCAAUGAUUGGAGGGUUUGCAGGAAGAAUAGGAGCUUCUAACAUGGGUCCAGUAGGAUCUGGAAUAAGUGGUGGAAUGGGUGGCAUGAACAGUGUGACUGGAGGAAUGGGGAUGGGACUGGAUCGGAUGAGCUCCAGCUUUGAUAGAAUGGGACCAGGUAUAGGAGCUAUACUGGAAAGAAGCAUCGAUAUGGAUCGAGGAUUCUUAUCGGGUCCCAUGGGAAGCGGAAUGAGAGACAGAAUAGGCUCCAAAGGCAACCAGAUAUUUGUCAGAAAUCUGCCUUUUGACUUGACUUGGCAGAAACUAAAAGAAAAAUUCAGUCAGUGUGGUCAUGUAAUGUUUGCAGAAAUAAAAAUGGAGAAUGGAAAGUCAAAAGGCUGUGGAACAGUCAGAUUUGACUCCCCAGAAUCUGCUGAGAAAGCCUGCAGAAUAAUGAAUGGCAUAAAAAUCAGUGGUAGAGAAAUUGAUGUUCGCUUGGAUCGUAAUGCAUAAUUUCAAACCACGGUUGGAACAUUUUUACAUCUGUUUUGCUGAAUCUCCUAGUAAAAUUAAUUUUAAAGUAAUACUGUAUGCUUUCAAAUGUUGUAAAAAUGAACUUUUAAAACUCCCACCAGCUUUUAACAGUAUAGUGUUAAAUAUACUGUGAUUUUUGUUAUCUCAAGUUUGGGUUUUUAAAGACAGCAAAUCUGGUCAUUCAGUUUAAAUGAAUGGUUAUACUGUUUUUAAUGAAAUAAGCCAUUUUCAUGUUAUUUUCAGUACUACAUAGUGAGGUUUGUUCAAGUUUCUCCAGCUUUUAUCAGCUUAUUUAUUGUAAGUUAAAACAUAGAUUUUCCCCCCCCCAAAACUUCUGUUAUCUAUAUGUAAUUGUUCUUGAUAAGAAAGUACUCAGACAAAUUAGGAUAUGAUUUUGGUUGGUUUAAAUUACUUUUCUUCAGUAAAGAAUUAUUGUAAGUUUUAGAGUCUAAAGUUUAGGAUAUUUUUUAUUUUACUUAAAUGAAGAAAUGGAGUUUCUCUGCCCCUCCCUAUCAUUCACAUUUUUCACCUAUUAAUAUUAAUCUCCACAGCCCCUUAUUUUAUUUCCAAUAAUUCCUAGUUCAUAUAGAACUGAUAAUGUGGCAAGUCCCAAGUACAAUAAUAGACAGACUAUUCCCAACUUUCUGUCUAGUUUCCAGCCAUUGAAGUGAACUGCUAAAAAAAGAAAAAUAAUUGAAAUGUUGAGAGAGAUAGUUACAUAAGUUAGUCCUCUGCUGUUCACUUCUACAGGAGCUGAUGUACUUAUAAAUACAGUUUUAAUCAACCAUGGAACACCUAGGCACAGCAUAUCAAACACAUUGGAUCCCACGAUGUUAGACAUAGCCAUAUCUCCUUUGCCUGCAAAAAAAAAGCAUGGUGUUAAAAUGUGCAUACCAGUACUGUAUUUUAAUAAUAAGCUUCAUAAGAAAAGACACUGGAUACUUUUUUGUUUGUUGGUUUUGGAAAAUUGUAUUAGAGCAAAAGUCUUACUGAAUUUGUAUUUUUUAAUUUGGGGAGGUUAGUAUUUAAAGUAUUAACAUUUAUUUAUCUAAUUAUCUUUAUUAAAGCAUUUUUCAAUAAGGUGUAGAUUACUUGUUGCUUUUCAUUCUAAUUUAACAUGUUUAAUUACAGUUUAGUACACAUUUCAGAUGUGUUUUAUUCGGGGAAUUAGAUUUAGUGAAGUUAAUGUUAUUAAGUAGUAAAUCCUUCCUCUUGAGUUACUCCUUUUUUCCUUCAAGUAUGUUACUGAAGAAAUAAAUAGAUUUAAAGGCAACUUUGCCUAGUGUAGUUCAGCUAGACUUGAAGAAUGAGCAUUGCAGCUGGAUGGACCUAAUUCUUACCUUUUCUUGCAACCAGCACACUUGCAAUCGUGUCUGGUAUGCUUGUUCCUGCUGCUAAUAAAGUAAGGCCCAUUAUUGUAUCUGGAAUUUCUAAUGUUUCCCCUGUAAUAAAUAUAGAUAUUGUAAGUUACAAAUUUUACAGGUUCAGUAACCAUCUUCUGCAGAUAUUUCAGAUACGUAUUUCCUUCCUGAAUGAAAAGAAAAUAGGCAUAUUUAGAUUACAGAGGCAGUAUGUAUAUACUUAGGUUUUAGUUAGCAAAAUGACUAAGAUUGGUAAAUGGGGUAACAUGGGUAGUACAGAUUUUUUCUUUUAAAUACUUACCCAAGGAUAUGUUUUUAUUGAUUUUAGAGAGAGAGAAACAUAGAUGUGAGAGAGAAACAGCAAUUGGUUGCCUUAAGUGCAACCAAAACCCUAGUUAUGUGCCCUGACCAGGAAUUGAACCUGCAACCUUUUGCUGUAAGAAGUAGUGCUCCAGGGCAGGUAGGACAGAUUUUUAAAGACAGAUAUUUAAUAGACAAAAUUCUACCAAGGAGCAGUUCCCCUCCUUGCUAUGCUUACAGAAGUUUUGGAUGUCAUCACUAUUAUAGCAUCGAGGCUGUUGCUUAAUGUAUGCUAAUAAUAUUGGUCCCCUUUUUCUUAUUAAAAACUUUUUUCUUAAAGUGUUCAGUGUUAAGCAAAUUGUUUAUAGCUAUUUUUUAAAUAUAAAUGUGUUAAUAUGGUAUACAUUUUUAACUCCUACUUUAGUGAUAUACCUCAAUUUAGUGUUUUCUUUGAGAAAUAUCCUAAAUCUGAAGAAAACAAAAUAGGGUUCUUCUUGAGUUUUUCUAACAUUAUAGUCCUAAUUUAUUAAUACUUCUGUUAAAUUUGAUGUCCGUUCAACAUUUUUCAGUAAUGUAUUUAUUCUAGGAAACAGGUCCAAUGGGAAAUUAAAAAAAGUACAUUUAACUGCUCUUUUAUUGUUAUAAUUGAACACUUGCUUUAGAAUCACUCUUCCUUUCAAAUAUUAAUUUUAAAAAACCUUUACGUAGCUGUUUAUUGCAUGCUUAUAUAUAUUGAUAUUGGACUUGAUUGUUAAUUUUUGUUAUGGUUGGCCAGAGUUCUUAUGUACAUAAAUAACAUAUAAAUAACAUCUUGGGGGUGUUCUAUGAUCUGUUACUUGAUUUUGCUCUUUUCCUGCUUUCCCAAUGUCAAAUGUGUACUGGCUGAGAAAGUAUGGAGAGAUCUAAUAUGCAAGCUAAUUGAAUUAUUUUAUUUUCCUCUUUAAAAAAAGAAAACAUUUUGUUUUUUUUGCUAGCAUACAUUUCUAAGUUAUAUAUUAAAUUGGAAAAAGUCGGCAAGUGUGUUUUUUUUUUUUUUUUGUAAAGAGCCAGAUAGUAAUUAUGUUAGGCUUUGCAGGCAGUUAUUUGGCUCCGCUAAUGUAGUAGUGAAAACAUCCAUAGAUGAUAUGUAAAUGAAUGACCUGAUUAGCAAAAAACAGAAGACCAGUGCUUUGGACACUCAGGAGGUAGUUUGCUCACCUCUCAUACUAAUUCAUUCAGGUUCACCUUUGGGGGAAAAUUACUGAAGUUUUUGUUUUACAUUUAUAUUUAGUUUUUCCUUUUGGACUAGGAAUUCUAUGGAAUUAGAGCUGAUUAUGGCCAAGCAGUAAUAGUUAAAUUUUAGUUGUAAAAAUAGUAGAAACCUAAAAUGAAACUUUAUUUUAGAUCCUUUUUACUUAUUUCAUAAUAUAAUUAUAUUGCCAUGUCAAAAAGCAAAAUAAAAGCCCUGCUAGGUGUGGGUCAGUGAUUAGAGUGUUGGCCCUUGCACUGAAGGGCGUGUAUCUGAGUUGCCCGUUAUAUCCCUGGCCGGGUUGGGGCACAAGAGGGAGGCAUCCAGUCAAUGUGUGUCUCAUAUCCAUGUACCUCUCUUUCUCUCUCUCUCUCCCUCUCUCUCUCUCUCUCUCUCUCUCUCAUCUCUGUUAUCUCUCUAUCUCCCUCCCUCCCCCAUCCUUCCCACCCUUUCACUCUCUCUAAAAAUCAAUGGCAAAAAUAAAUAAAAUGUAUUCCCGUUAAACUGUGAACAUCAUUGUUUUCCCCAAACAUUGCCAUCUUGCUAUGUUUUCUGUUAGGUGAUUGAACUUAAUAUAGUUAUGUUAGUCUAACAGACAUCCUGUGAAUUUAUUUCAUUUAUGAGAUGAUUCCCUUAACUCAUACUGUAUAAUUUUGAGAAUAUGGUUGAUAUGGAAUAUGAACUCACAAAAUCUGGGUGAUUGGUAUAUUAAUAUUGAAUUUUUUGGUAAAUAGCAUAUUUACUCUUUGCUAGAAAAGAAAUUUGCUCCUUAGCUAGACUACCUUAAUGAAUGUAUGGAGUUCUUAUGUGAAACUGAUUGUUUUCUUUUUAAAUUGUGCUUUUGUGUUCAAGAUACAUACCAGUUAUGGUGACCAUCCAAACAAGGAUAUAUGUAAAUGCAGAUAUCCAAAGUGCCGACAUAAAAAAGGUUAUCACAAAAUAAUUUUUCCAAAAUUUUCUUCUACAGUCUGGUGUGGUUAGAAAAAGUAAUGUAAUAAUAGGAAGGGAUAAUACCCAUAAAAUUCUUUUCAAAUCUGCUUCAGGCACGUUGAAAACACUUGGUGGAUCUGUUGAGAAAAAAAUGAUUCUGAAUUUCUUAAAUAGCCAAUUAUGUUAGAAAUGUCCAUUUAGAAAGCUAUAUUGAAAUAAAUUAGCUGUAUCAGUUUUAAGAGGCUAUUUAAAACAUUUGAGUACCUCAUUACUGAUAUUGCUGGAAAAAGAAGCUAAUUGAGACUUUAGGGCAAACAGUGUAAAAUGUGAUUCUCAGCAUUUCUUGAAUUUGGGCCUUCAUCAAAAUGUCUUGGGUCAUUCAUUAAAUAUGUUAGAGAUGAUGUUUGUGGAAUGUCAGUUGGACAUCUUUUUGUUUUCUACAAUGUGGGUGACCUUGAGUAAUUUGUUUUUUCUUAUGGGAUGGUUGUCUCCACGGCCCAAUAUUGAUGAAGCCACAGCCUGCCCUAUGUAUCUUAUAAUGUAUACUUAGGGAUUAUAAAAUAAUUUUUAUUAAGUUGAAUAUUCCAUUCUAAUUCUAAUUGUAAGUUAUUUUGAGGGGCUUUUUUCAUUAAUUUACAAUUCAUCACCAGUCUUAGAAACAACCUUAAGAAAAUAUGAACUAGUAUAGAAUCUACGUGUAAUGUAUAAACUUGAGUAUGUUUCUUUAUUCAAUUUGUCUCAUGAAGUUAAUGGAAGAUAAUAGCAUAUUGGAUAAAAUGGGAAUUCACUUUAAAAUAGUUUAAAAAUUUGUAUGGCAUUUAGAGAAUAAUAUACCCAUUUAUUUGAUCAAAUUACAACUAAUGCUAGUAAAAUAACUAGUAAAAUUUGCCAAGCCUCAGCAAAUGAGCCAUUAAGUAAAAUUAGGUAUCAUUUUAGUGUAAAUAGUAAAAUUUGGACUGAUUCUUUUCAGCUUCUUGUUAUAAAAUUUAACUUAGAGAUGAAUAACUCUUAUACCUGAAAGACUAGAAACUAAUUUUUAUAUGAAGGGGAAGAGUCGUGUUUUUAUAUUUUGUAGGUAGUAAAUUAGGAUAAAUCCCCUUCCUAAUGUACUAAACUAAAUUUAGAAUCUGUUUUAUACAACCAUUUUAUAUAAAAGUAACCUCUAAAUUGAUAUUUCUAGUCAUAGAUGAAUUUGACUUUCUACCAAACAUAUUUACCUAAAUGGUUUCCUAUUGCUUCAAAUUACAUGUUUCAAACUCAACUCCUUUCUUCUUCUCACCAAUCCUUUCUCCUAAAUUCCUAGUUUUUAUAAGCAGUGUUCCCUUUUCUUAGUCAUUUCUGAUCAAAGUUUAAGAAUUAUCUCUGCGCCCUUUUAUGCCCGUGUAGUCUUUUAAUUGCCCGGUCUUUGUGAUGCUUUCUCUGAAUUGGCUUAUGUCUAUUCAUUCCCACUGCCUUCUCUCUGACAAGGCACCUCUUAAACACAUCAGCUGUUUAUUAGCCUCUUAUAGACAGCUGUGUCUUUUAUCCCAUGUUCUAAUCUUCCUGCUCACAAUCUAUCCCUUUUAGGAAACACAGUUAUACUUUGUUUCUUUCUCUAAAUAUAUAAAUCCUCAUAUUUUAGUCAACCCCCCCUCCCACCCUUUGGUAUUGGAAGCUUCAUAAGGAUAUGGACUGUCUCUGCAUCUCUGAGUCUCCAAUGUCUUUUAUAUAAUACGAAUAUAUAUAUUUGCUCAAUUAAAUGAAAUUACUAGUGAAUAGACUUAGUAGUGGACAGGAUGUGGUUUUUACCUUCAGAAACCUGAUUAAGACCAUGUAAACUUAUAGAAAGCUGGGAGUAACCGGAAUCCUCAUAAAAUAUUCCACUAUCAUUUCUGGAUGGUCGACGGAUGAAUGGCCGACCCUCAUCUUCCCAUCCCAUUAGUAGUUGAUGUUCGCUUCUAUCCUCCAUAGCUUUGGCAAGACAGGUACAGCAGGGACUGCAUUUCUUUAUAAUAUAUUGGCUAAUUUUAAUGUCAAAACACAGCACCAGAACAUAUAAUCCAUAUAUCAAAAGUAGUAGAGUUCCUUCAUACCUAUAAAUUAGAGAAAUUUGUGUUUUUAAAUAAAAAAAUAAAAUUAUUUGAGAAUAGCUUUUAAGCAGCAUAAUUUUUAAUGCAGCAUUAGAAUAAUCAAAUAUUUUUAGGUAUGUUUUGGUGUAGAUGUGUUACAGCAUUAUUAUAAAUUGAUAGGAGCUUGACUCUUCCAUAUUUAAAAAAACAAGGUUUUGAAACUCAUCUUCAUUUAUAGAUUCCUUUAAGAUGGCGGGCAUAAAAAUACUUUGAAAAUAAUGAUUAAGAUUUUCAAAAUUAAAGUGAAACUAAUGGAUAGUAAUGGGUAGUCUUCAUCUCAGUUCAUUGGCAGAAUCCAUUCCCCAAAAUACAUAAUUAUAAGAGAAUAUAGCAUGUGUUAAUUUUAACUGUCUCUUCAAAUUUUAUAGUGUAGCAAUUUUGUGUAAAAAUUUGGAAUAUGUUAGGCUUGCUUUGGGGUUUUCAGUUUCCUAUACAGUUUUUUUAAUAUAUAUAUAAUAUUAACUAAAUAAGAAAACAAGAUAUUCUCAAACAUAAAAUUAUACCAUAAGCACUGAAAACUUUUUUUUUCCUCCACUGGUUUCCUAUUUAAAGAAUUGUGAUUAGCUAAUACCAUCACAUUUGAAUCUUGCCCUUACCCUUUAUAGCUAGUAAAUUGCUACAGCUAGAAGCACAGAGCUCUUGAUUGCCGUAGUGGAGGGGUACUCUCACAGUCAUUGUCCCCUUACAGAUAGCAGAGAAAUACCCCGUCUGUAACCCAUGGUUUUUCUUUGGGGGGAAGACGAGUUCCAGAAUGAUUCAUUUAGAGAUUUUGCUCCCUACUAGAUUUUAAGGUUUUUGAUAGCAGGGAUUAUGCAGCACUGCUAAAUUAGUUGUACUGCAGAGGGGAGCCACCUGUGACAUUUCUUUUUCCCCUUAUGAUUGUCAUUGUAGUGGUAAAUACCUAAUAGGUACUUGGUGCAUAUCAGUUGAAAAAGUUAUCUGUCUACUAAGUCACUCCCUUUUAUUUUCUCGGAACAGCAAAGCAUAGGGAGAUAAGUUAAAAACAAGUAAUUUUUAACAUUAAAACCUAAAUAUUUGUUAUUCUGUGAGGAAGAAGGCUCUAGUUCCUCUUUCUAAAUGAACAGAGAGAAAGAUGAAAGAAUUCAAAAGGGCAUUUGCUUUCUCCAUCCCCAUCUCCAAUCUUGUGACCAUAACCACUUCUAAGCAAGGUGAGCAAUAACCCAAUAGAUGAAAAAGCCAACUGUUAGUACUUGAAUGGACAACAACACUUGGGAGACUUCCUGGUCAGUCAGUGGGAGAAAGAGGGAUGAUAAUAUCCAGUGACUAAGGAGACAGAAAGGAGACUGACCACUAAAAAAUGCAAAGAAGGGAGAAAAGUGCAGCCAGCAAUUGUGAUGAGGAACUUUAGCCCAAAAACCACUGGAAAGAAAGGGUGCGAAAGUGGCAGACAUUUGAAGUUACUAAACCAUUAGAAUUUCAUGAAAUUUUCUCUGUAAUUGUGUUUUACAUAAUAGUGGUAAUUCUUUCAAGCUUACCAGUACACUUUGUUGUCAAAUAUUAUGCCAAGAACUGCUGCUACACUAAUCGCAUAUGCCGCACAGUCUCUGAAUAGGGGCCAGCAUGAUAGCGUUGAAACCUAUAAAAUGAUAAUUUUGUUUCCAUUACACUGCAACUUCAAGUACAUGCUUAAUGUAAUAAAAUUGUAUAUUUGUGGCUAAAUAUCUUUUGCAUAUUGCCUAGAGAAAAAGGAACUUUAAGGAAAAUUGUUUCUAAACCUCUGAUUUUCAUAAAUUUGACCUAGAGCUAUUUGUGGGUUAAUCUAAAAUUGAAUACAUGUUGGUUUUUCUACUUAUUAAUAAACUUGAUUGAACAGA